UGGUGCUCAUCACAUGAUCCGUGUGAUCCAGGGAGAAAACCACACGUGUGACAACAUCCGUGUGAUCUGGGAUAGAAGGGAUAGAACACGAGGGCUAGAGUAGGAGGGUUCGUUUGUUGCUAGACCUCUUUCCGGAUUAGAAAUUCUUGACAGACCAAUUUUCAUACAAUACUCUAAUGUUUAAGUGUAUAUAUUUACUUUGUAGAUAGAGCUCGGCAGAUCUCUGUUAUUUUUAAUUUUUUAUUUUGCUAGAAAUAGGGUAUGGAAGAUAUUAAUAUUUUGGCGGAAAGUGCAAUAAAAAUAGAAGAGGUUCAAGAAAAACCACAUGACCUUAAAGAAUAG